GUAGGUGAAACCUUGAAGAAAAAGUGGCUCUGUCUUCAAAAAAGUGACCUGACCUUUGCUUUGGCUGAAAAAACUAGGGCGGCAGAUAAGGCUGUUGCCAUGGUGAUGAAGGAGAUUCCGAGGGAGGAGUCUGCAGAGGAAAAGCCCCUCCUUACUAUGACAUCACAGGGGUGCAGAAGCCAAAAGGAAGCAGAAUCAAGUGAAAAACUAGUGAAUGAGCAACAAGAAAGCAGACCCCUUCUGAGCCCCUCCAUUGACGACUUUCUCUGUGAAACUAAACCAGAAGCUCCUGCAAGGCCUGUAACAUCAAAUACUGCAGUAUUAUCAACAGGUCUGGAUCUCUUGGAUCUUAGUGAACCUGUCUUACAAGCCGAAAACAAAGCAAAGAAAUCAGAGAAUCCAUCAAGAAGUGAAGGCUUAAAAGCUUCAACCCACAGAAAGAAGACAGACAAUUCUGACCUUAUCAGUGUGGAUACUGAACAGAAUGUCCAGGCUGUCAGAGUUUCAGACAAGUCUUCACUAGAUUUAGUUGAUAUUCAGACACAGAUAGAGAAAUGGGAUGACGUCAGUUUUCAUGGAGACAGGAGUAGCAAGGUCCACCCUUCUACAGAGCGAACAUCAUCAUCAUCUAGAGCUCCAUCAAAAGAGCUUUUAUGGUCCACAGAAAACAGAUCACAAUCCGAGCUGGCCAACAUCAAGAGUGCCUUGGACUCUGAUUCAACAUCAGAAUUAGAACUUGCACCUGCAACACAGGCACGAUCAACUAAGGAGCAGCGUUGGGGAGGGCCUCUUCUCUCCAGAAAUCACUCCUUGGAGGAAGAAUUUGAAAGAGCAAAGGCAGCUGUUGAGUCAGACACAGAGUUUUGGGAUAAAAUGCAAGCAGAAUGGGAAGAAAUGGCUCGCAGAAACUGGAUUUCUGAGAACCAGGAAGCACCAGGGCAAGUCACCAUCUCAACUAUUGAGAAGGGUUAUUAUUUCCAUACUGAGAAUCCCUUCAAAGACUGGCCUGGUGCUUUUGAAGAAGGACUGAAAAAAAUGAAAGAAGGUGACCUGCCAGUUACAAUCCUAUACCUGGAGGCUGCUAUUCUGCAAGAACCCAAUGACGCAGAGGCCUGGCAGUUCCUGGGCAUAACACAGGCAGAGAAUGAAAAUGAGCAGGCAGCCAUUGUCGCCCUCCAAAGGUGCUUGGAACUACAGCCAAACAACUUAAAAGCUCUGAUGGCCCUGGCUGUAAGUUAUACUAACACUGGGCAUCAACAAGAAGCCUAUCAAGCUCUAAGAAACUGGAUAAAGCAGAAUCCAAAGUACAAGUAUAUAGCAAAAAGCAAAAAAGGGUCCCCAGCACUUACCAGGAGAAUGUCCAAGACAUCAGAUGAAAGUGCAUUACUUGAAGAAGUAAAGGAUUUGUACCUGGAGGCUGCUCACCAGAAUGGUGAUAUGAUAGACCCUGACUUGCAGACGGGACUUGGAGUUCUUUUCCACCUGAACGGAGAAUUUAACAGAGCAAUAGAUGCAUUUAGUGCUGCUUUAACUGUUCGGCCAGAGGACUAUACAUUAUGGAACCGUCUCGGAGCAACCUUGGCAAAUGGGGAUCGAAGUGAAGAAGCUGUCGAGGCCUACACACGUGCUUUAGAAAUACAACCUGGCUUCAUUAGGUCCAGAUACAAUUUAGGAAUAAGUUGCAUAAACCUAGGGGCAUACAGAGAGGCCGUCAGCAAUUUUCUCACUGCUCUCAGUUUGCAAAGAAAGAGCAGGAAUCAACAACACGUCCCCCAUCCUGCUCUAUCAGGCAAUAUUUGGGCAGCGCUUCGAAUUGCUCUGUCUAUGAUGGACCAGCCAGAACUAUUUCAAGCUGCCAAUGUGGGUGAUCUAGACAUUCUGUUAAGAGCUUUUAAUCUAGAGCCGUAA